AGUCGAGGCGGCUGCGGAGGCCUGCAGGGGCCGGGGAGCAGGCGGCGGCUAGAGGCCCUGGGGGGCUCCCGGACUGGAGGCCUCCGGCCAUGCAGCCGCUGGCCCCGCCCCCGCAGGUCUUGUCCGGGCCCUGGCGCUGCUGCUGGGGGCACCUGGCCACGCACCCCUGACACUGGGCGUCGCCAGCAGCCCCCGAGGAGCCGUCUUCUGGGCGUGCUGGGCCCUGGACUAUGCCCUCCAAGUCAGUCUCCCCGGGGCCCUCGGAGCCGGCUCCCCAGCAGCCCGCCGCCCAGGGGCACCUGCCGCCGGAAGGAAGAAUGCUCGGGGGGCAGCUCCCCAACACAGACAAGGGCCUGGUCCCCGGCCGGGGGUCCCCGCCCACCGACAGCUGUGCCGGGCCCGAGCAGAGCCCAGUGGUCCCUCUGCACAUCCCAGCAAAAACCAGCACUGAAGACCCUCAGGCUGCAGCAAAACCCUUCACCCCAAAGCCGCCGGCGAGGCCCAGGCUGGAGCGGGCGCUGUCCCUGGACGAGAAGGGGUGGAGGAGCAGGCGUCUGCGCGGCAGCCGGGAGGACCUGGCCUCCCGGAACGGGGCCAGCCCCUCCCGGGGCUCCUUGCAGGACCAGGGCCCCGGGCCCCCCGCCCACCCUCGCUCCCCGCCCUGCCUGAGCACCUCCUGGCAGGAAAUCCCCACGUCCCGCGGGACUGUGGGCCGCGUGGGCGGGAGCCCCUCCUCGUGGGGGAACGGCGUCUCUGGGACCGUCGGCGCCUCCCUGGACACCCUGCACCGGAACGGGGCCUCGGCCGGGAGCACCCCCAGGCUGGCCAGCGGGCUCCCCGCACACCUGCUGCCCGCCCUGGACUGGAACGUGGCUUCCAACUCCCUGCGGGCAGCAAACAAGGUGGACGCAGACCACGCUGACUUCACGCUCCGCCUGCAGACCAGGCUGUUGCGGACCCACAGCAGCCUGGGCCCCAGCCGGCCCGCCAGCCCCCUGGCCGGCGACGACGGCUCCCUGCGCUCCGCCAAGUCCUCCUUCAGCCUCCUGGCACCCAUCCGGGCCAAGGACGUCCGGGACAGGAGCUACCUGCAGGGGAGUCUCCUGGCCAGCGGGGCCCUGAUGGGGGCGGAGGAGCUGGCCCGCUACUUCCCGGACCGGAGCGUGGCCCUGUUCGUGGCGACGUGGAACAUGCAAGGCCAGAAGGAGCUGCCUCCCAACCUGGAUGAGCUCCUGCUGCCCCCGGAGGCCGACUACGCCCAGGACCUGUACGUCGUCGGGGUCCAGGAGGGCUGCUCCGACAGGCGGGAGUGGGAGGUGCGCCUGCAGGAGACGCUGGGCCCGCACUACGUCAUGCUGCACUCGGCAGCCCACGGGGCGCUGCACGUGUCCGUGCUCAUCCGCCGGGACCUCAUCUGGUUCUGCUCGGAGGUGGAGAGCUGCACGGUGACCACGCGCAUCGUGUCCCAGAUCAAGACCAAGGGCGCCCUGGGUGUGGGCUUCACCUUCUUCGGCACCUCCUUCCUCUUCAUCACGUCCCACUUCACCUCCGGGGACGGGAAGGUCAGCGAGCGGCUGCUGGACUACAGCAGGACCGUCCAGGGCCUGGCCCUGCCCAAGAACGUGCCGGACACCUGCCCCUACCGCUCCGACUCCGCCGACGUCACCACGCGCUUCGACGGGGUGUUCUGGUUCGGGGACUUCAACUUCCGUCUGAGCGGCGGGCGCCCGGCGGUGGAGGCCCUCCUGAAGCAGGACCCGGGGGCCAGCGUGCCCGCCCUGCUGCAGCUGGACCAGCUCACCCGGGAGAUGAAGAAGGGGACCAUCUUCAAGGGCUUCCGGGAGCCGGACAUCCACUUCCUGCCGUCGUACAAGUUCGACGUGGGGAGGGACUCCUACGACACCUCGUCCAAGCAGAGGACCCCGUCCUACACGGACCGGGUCGUGUACCGCAGCCGCCACAAGGACGACAUCUGCCCGCUGCGGUACUCCUCCUGCCCCGGCGUCAGGACCUCCGACCACCGCCCCGUGUACGGCCUGUUCCGCGUCAGAGUGAGGCCGGGCAGAGACAACAUCCCGCUGGCUGCCGGCAAGUUUGACCGCGAGCUGUACUUGAUCGGGAUUAGGAGGCGGAUCUCCAAAGAGAUCCAGAGGCAGCAGGCCCUGAAGACACAGCACUCCAGCGCCAUCUGCACCGUCUCCUGAGGGGUGUACCCGGAGGCCGCCCGUCACCUGCCACCGCCUGCGUCCCCAGAAAGGACGGGGUGGCUGCCGCCUGGGACUGCUCUGCCUGUAGGGAUGCUGACGACCCGCUGCCAGAGGCUGACCUACCUCCUCAGCAAGACCCCGACCCAGCCGUGCACCACGGCACGAGCAGGCCCUCACCCCUGGGCCAGAGCCAGCUGCUGACUUGCACGGCGUCCCUGCCGGGGCCCCAGCUUCCCUCUCGGGGCAGGCGGAGCCUGGUCCCUGGGGGUGCUCACACCCCUCAAGCUGGCAGUGGGCCCAGGCCCCAGCCCACCUGCGACCACUCCCGUUCCCCCGUGCUCACUCAUGCAGCUGCACCUGCAUACAGGGUCCUGGUCUCUAACCCCUCCUCAUCUGAGUGGGCCAGCCUGGCCCCAGGGAGGCUGCCAGGUGACGCCGGUGGGGUGAUCUGGGGCACAUGCUAGGACCAGGCUGAGGCCCAGUGGGUCACCAAGCUGAAGCCAGUGUCCAGGGAGCCACCAAGGCCCCACUGCAGGCUGGAGGAGGGGCGUGACCAACAUUCCAGGCCCAAGGAGCCCCCAGCCAGGACACCGCCUCCCACCCUCCUGGUCCUGCUGGCUCCAGACCACCCACUCCUGUGGCGGCACCCCCUCCACGUCUGGGCCGCUUCUCCCCAGUGUUCAGAGCCCAUCACCCCUUCACCCGACCCCGUCUCUCGGAAAAGGCAUAGGCUCUGGAUGUUUGGAAACCCAGGGGCAUUUGAUCUAGUCUACUCGAUUAUUUAUUUUUCCAUAUUUAUAUUUUUAAAUAAAUGCAUACACU